AUGCCUAGACGUUUCGCUCCUCUGAGAGAUGGUGUCGUGAGCAAGAACGGUGACGGUCCAAAGUUGCGGGGCAUCGUCUUUGACAUGGACGGAACGCUAUGCGAACCUCAGACCUACAUGUUUGCCGAAAUGCGUGCCGCCCUCGGCAUCCCCAAAUCCAUCGACAUCCUCCAGCACAUAGAGUCGCUCCCCGAGCCGCAGCAGGCCGCCGCCACCGAGUCCAUCCGAGCCAUCGAACGGCGUGCCAUGGCCGCCCAGGUGCCCCAACCAGGCCUUGACCGCCUCAUGACCUACCUCGACGCCCGCGCCGUGCCCAAGGCCAUCUGCACCCGCAACUUUGACGUGCCCGUCCAGAACCUCUUGACGAAAUUCCUCGCCGGCUCCGUCUUUCACCCCGUCGUCACCCGCGAGUUUCGUCCUCCCAAGCCCCACCCGGCCGGUAUCUUGCACAUCGCCGACAGCUGGGGCCUGCGCGACCAGGCAGGCGGUGUCGAUGCGAGCUGCCUGAUCAUGGUCGGCGAUUCCCUCGACGACAUGACGGCCGGGAGGAAAGCUGGCGCGGCGACGGUGCUGCUGGCGAACCACGUCAACAGGGACUUGGCCGACCAUGCCGACACCGAUCUAGUCGUCGAAAGCCUCGACGAGCUGGUCGCCAUCCUGGACGACGGCUUCGAGGGGAGGCCGCUGACGGCGGAAUGA